GUAAACACUCGGGCACCCACCAGGGACAGACCCUACACAGAGGAACAGAGAGGAAGGCCAGGAGAAGUAGAAUCUGAAGGAAAAGCCAUGUUCAGUCUGAAGACGCUUCCACUUCUGCUCACACUCCAACUCCACAUGCAGCUUUCCAAGGCCUUUCCGGUAUCUUCUGAAUCCCAACAAGAGAAAAAUUUAGAAGUUGUUCAGAAUUACCUACAAAAGUUCUACCAUUUACCAAGGAACAGCUAUGCAUUUGAAAGGAAGAACAGUGCUAGUGUGAUUGUUCAAAAGCUUAAAGAAAUGCAGCAAUUCUUUGGGUUGAAUGUGACGGGGAAGCCAAAUGAGGAAACUCUGGAGAUGAUGCAAAAGCCUCGUUGUGGAGUACCUGACCAUGCCGAAUUUUUGUUAACCCCAGGAAACCCCAAGUGGAAGCAAACUGACCUGACCUACAGGAUUACUAACUAUACUCCACAACUGUCAGAGGCUGAUGUGGAUGCAGCUAUUGAGAAAGCCUUUCAAGUCUGGAGUGGUGCAUCACCCCUGACCUUCACCAAGAUCUUGCAGGGAGAAGCAGACAUCAAUAUUGCUUUUGUCCAAAGAGAUCAUGGUGACAAUUCUCCAUUUGAUGGACCUAAUGGAAUCCUUGCUCAUGCCUUUCAACCAGGUCAAGGUAUUGGAGGAGAUGCUCAUUUUGAUGCAGAAGAAACAUGGACCAAAACCUCCGAAAAUUACAACUUGUUUCUUGUUGCUGCCCAUGAAUUUGGCCAUUCAUUGGGGCUUUCUCACUCCUCUGACCCUGGUGCUCUGAUGUAUCCCAACUACGCUUUCAAUGAACCCAGCACCUACGCACUCCCUCAAGAUGACAUCAACGGCAUUCAGGCCAUCUAUGGACCUUCAGAUAACCCUAUCCAACCGACUGGACCAACCACACCCACAGCCUGUGACCCCAGACUGACAUUUGAUGCUAUCACCACACUCCGUGGAGAAAUACUUUUCUUUAAAGACAAAUACUUCUUCAGAAGGCAUCCUCAGCUACGAAGUGUUGAACUUAAUUUUAUUUCUCUAUUCUGGCCAUCCCUGCCAACUGGUAUACAGGCUGCUUAUGAGGAUCCUUACAGGGACCUAGUUUACCUAUUUAAAGGCAACCAAUACUGGGCUCUGAACGGCUAUGACAUUCAGCAAGAUUAUCCCAAGCAUAUAUCAAACUACGGCUUUCCAAGCAGUGUCCAAGCAAUUGAUGCUGCUGUUUCCUACAGGACAAAAACAUACUUCUUUGUAAACAACCAAUUCUGGAGAUAUGAUAACGAAAGACAAUCCAUGGAUCCAGAUUAUCCAAAAAGCAUAGCAAGUACAUUUCAAGGAAUAGAAAGUAGAGUUGAUGCAGUUUUCCAGCAGAAUGAUUUUUUCCUUUUCUUCAGUGGACCAAUAUAUUAUGCAUUUGAUCUUAAUGGUAAUAGAGUUACUAGGGUUGACAGAAGCAUUAGAUGGCUUAAUUGUAGAUAAAGUUGAAGCAAGAUAAAAUAUGUUUGUAUCCAUUUUCUGAAUAUGAAUGGGAAUUCUAAUUUGCAUAUCAUUACAUUAUGUCCUAUUUAUACUUUUCUUAACAUUAAGUGAUGUUGUUUGCUAUCCCUAUAUUAAUUGGACCUGUCCUCAGUGAAAAUACAUUCAGAGUAUUCCACUGUUUGCAGAGUCUGAUUUAGUUCUUUUAUAUUCCAUCUCAGGUUAGUGAGUCCAUCACAAACAGAAGGAGAUUAAGUCCUCUUUGUCACCUCAAUAUUCACUAUUUCAUUACUGGUUUAUUUGACUUCUAAAAUGCUUAUAUAUUCCUACAUCUCUUUAAACAUGUCUUAAGUAUAUUGUUACGUGCAAUUUAGCACUGUAUUUUAGUUAGAGGUAAGGAUUAUGAACAACAUAGACAGUACCCCUUGCCUCUACCAAAAAUGUGGUGGUAUUUUCCACUCUUGGAAAACAAUAUUGUUGGGUUGAAAACAGGUUGAAUUGUGUCCUUCCCUCCCCGCCCCCCCACAAAUAUAUUGAAGUCCUAACCCCAGGUACUUAUGAAUGUACUUUGUUUGGAACUCAAGUCAUUGCAGAUGUAAUUAGUUAAGGUGAGUUUAUGUUGGAUUACAAUGGGUCUAAGAACUGCUUGUCCUUCUGAGAAGAGGAGAGACAUAAAUGCACAGUGGAGAAAGUCAUGUGAAAACAGGCAGAAACUGGAGUGGUGCAUCUAUAUGCCAAGAAUUGCCAAAAACGACCAGAAGCUGGGAAGAGGCAAGGAAGGAUCCUCCCUAGAGCCUUCAGAGAGAAGAACGUGACCCCCCUAACACCUUGAUUUGGGAC